AUGCUGGGCUGCUGCCCCUCCAUCCACCACCACCUGCGCCGAGCGAGCGAGCGUGUGGCUGCUGGUCCGACCCUGAAAACGAGCUUGGCGCGGGAAGGGGGAGCCCUGGGGCGGGGGGCCCAGAAGAAACGACGUCAGCUCGCCUCCGCCGGGUACGAGCAGCCCGCAGCCCGUCCGGGGGCCUGCAGUGCCGCUGCACCGCCAACGGCUGCUGAAUGA